AUGUCCCAAAACCGAGAUUCCUCGUCAGAAGACUCAUCCAGCUCUUCCCCAGCCCCAUCACUGCAGCCAGCCGGCUCCAAAGCCACCCCUUCCCGGCGUGGCAACCAAAUCGAGCCCCAGGCUCCAACCCGCGGGCGCGGUACGGCGCGAGCAGCUACUCGCCUCCCAAGACGCCUAGGCCUACCUUCGCCGCCUCCGGCGAGAACCGCGGCCGACUCCCCUGCGUCCUCCUACCGCUCGGCCAGGCAUACGAUUCCGCCAAUCGACAAAUGGACGGUGUCGAGUCUGAGGCAGGCCCUGUCCAAAAACGACAUCACACCAUCAAGCAAGUUAAACAAAUCCGAACUGUAUGACUUGUAUACAAAAAAUCUAAAUAAUAACAUUUCUCCCCAGUCUACCCCCGUACCAAAGAAACGGCAAAAGAAAGGAGUACCUCAGAAUUCGCCUCAAAGCACUCCACCAUCCUCCGCCGCUAGGCCUAGCUCGCAGCGGCUAUCAAGCCGUAGCAAGAGGCCUUCAGCAAGCCUAGGCCGCGCCCCGGUUCCAACCGCAAGGGCGCUCGCUACGUCGCCCGGAGCUCAGCCUCCUUCCGCGGCUCCAAUUCCAACAGCUCAGGGCGCCGAAGCCCAAGGAGGCUCCUGGCCGCCUCCUCCACCCAUCGCAGCCCCUCCAUACGGAACUUUCUAUACCAACACCGCAGCCCAGGCAAGCGCUUGGCCGAACAGUUCGCCACAUACAGCGCCGCCUCCCGCUUCCUCCAGCUUCGCGCCCGCGGUCCAAGCUAGCGCCUGGUCGAACUGGAUGUCACACAAUGCCCCGCCUCCCGCUCUGCCGAGCUCCGAGCCCGCCGCUCAUGCUAACGCUUGGCCGAACUGGCCGCCUUACACAGCCUCGACUUUAGCCCAUCCCAGCUUCGGGCCCGCGGCCCAAGCAACUGCCUGGCCAUACUGGCCGCCCAACCCAGCCCCGCAACCCGCGGCCUCAAACUCCGGGCCCGCGGCUCAAGCAAGCGCUUGGCCGCAAUCGCUGCCAAACACAGCUCCGCCCCCAGUUGUCGCCACCACCCUCCUCCAAGCGAAAUCCCCCCAUUCACUCUUCACUGCUACACCAAUGCCCAUCCCAUCAAACGCUGUCGCCCUCGAACCUCCCCAAGUGACCCACAGCAUUCGGGCACAGAUAUUAGUAGGUGCGGAUGUAGAUCUCUCGUCUCUCCUUUCUCUCCUGCCCACAUCCGAUUCAAACCGCCAAAUAGACUGCGGGGACUUCUCAGUCACGCUAAAAAAUCCAAAUCCCCUUUCAUCUCGACUUCUCUCCUUCUCCGAAUUCACCAUCGCAUUCAACCGCUACACCGAGAUUAUCUGCUCAGCCUUCCCCCACAGGCGACGCGAACUAAACGAUUAUUUGUCUAUAAUAGCCGAACUCGCGCUGUCCUACGGAGGGGGGCACUUCUACACCUACCACAAGCUUUUUUCCGCUAAAUGCGCCAUCCGAAUAGCUCAGUGGAACCAGUGCCCUUACUGGGGAGCGAUCGACUCCGACUUGCACAGUCGCGUAUUCCUAGGCUGUAGGAGCAUUUUGUGCGCAAUCUGCAGGUCCGUGGCUCACUCCACCACAACCUGCCCACAAAUAAACCCGGACGCAACCCAACACUCUCUUACUCCCCCGGCAAAAUCCACCAGCUAUGUCCCAAAAUCAGUUACCGCAGCAAACUCACGCCUAGCCCAACUAGGAGAAGAAAGCACCCAGCAAUGUAUCGCCUUCAACAACGGGAAAUGCAUCAGACAGCAUUGCCGCUAUCUACACUCCUGCAAGUUCUGUGGCGGUGCUCAUGCACGCAUAGUUUGCCCCGUGCAUAAAGCCGUAAAUAAAAAAUCUAAAAAUUACCUAUCGACUCCUGUGAAUAUUUUUCGCAUGACCAUUGAACUAGCACACCAUCCCGACAAAGAAUUUACUAAUUAUCUCCUGUCUGGUCUCAAACACGGUUUUAACCCGGGCGUCGUUUGCGAGCUUACCCAAAACACCGUCUGCCGUAAUCUCCAAUCCGCCCUCGCAGAGCCCGAUAUAGUAGCUAACCUCAUCAAAAAAGAAGUCGAGUCAGGCUUCAUGAUCGGGCCCUUCAAUACCCCCCCCUUCAAAACGUUCAGAGUCAGCCCAAUCGGAGUGGCUACGAGAAAAUUUUCUGGUAAGAAACGCCUAAUAGUAGACCUGUCAUCUCCGCAUAAUUCUACAGUCCCGAGCAUCAAUAGCUUGAUACCCCUCGACGAAUUUUCACUCAAAUACCAAGACAUAGAUCAGGCAGUCGAACUGAUUAAAAUCGCGGGCCGAGGAGCCUGGUUAGCAAAAAUAGACAUCACUUCUGCUUUCAAAGUGAUGCCCAUCCAUCCGGAUUUUUGGCACCUGUUCGGGAUACGAUGGCUCGAGAAAUACUAUUUCGCCGUCCGGUUAACCUUCGGAUGCAAAAGCAGCCCCAAAAUUUUUGAUAUGCUAUCAGAAGCCGUUUGCUGGAUCCUUUCCAACAAUUACGCAAUCCCACAUAUUAUCCAUCUCUUAGAUGACUUCCUGGUCAUUUCAUCGCCCAAGGCUAUCCCAGCCGCCCAUAUCCUCACCGUCCAAAAAGUCUUUUCCGAGCUCGGGAUUCCCAUCGCUCAGGAAAAAACCAUGGGUCCUGCCACAACCAUAGAGUUCCUCGGCAUCUACCUCGACUCAGCUAAAUUUCAGCUCUCCCUGCCAAAGGAAAAGAUUGAUAGAAUAAUUCUCGUCUCAUCCACCCUCCUCGACAGCCCUUGUUGUUCUAAACGCGAACUUCUUUCCCUGCUCGGGCAUUUAAAUUUCGCCAUGCGCAUAAUUCCACAAGGACGCCCAUUCAUCGCGCACCUUCUAACACUCGCAUCAUCAGUUCACGCGCUCGAGGACCUCAUCCCCCUAACCCAUGCAUGCCGCGACGAACUUAAAUUAUGGAUCCUGUUCCUUAGACAAUGGAACGGGCUUUCUUUUUUUUACAACAAUUUAAUCUCGUCUCCCAUCGACUUGCAGCUGUUUACAGACGCGGCUCCCUCAAUUGGUUUCGGAGGUUUCUACCAAGGCCGUUGGUUCGCGUCCACAUGGCCCCCCCAGAUGCAGGACUCGACCCAGUCCUCAGCUCUUUUCGAGCUCUAUCCCCUCGUAGUAGCAGCCUUCCUGUGGGGCAAUGAAUGGACAACUAAAAGCAUUUUAGUGCACUGCGACAACGAAGCCGUAGUUCAGUGCAUAAACAAAGGCCGUUCUCACUCCCCCGCCCUCAUGCCUCUCCUUAGACGCCUUAUAUGGAUCGCAGCAUGCGACCAAUUCAUAAUUAGCGCAAAGCACGUCCCAGGUACAGAAAACCAAAUCGCUGACUCCCUGUCUUGUUUUCUGUUUCAGAAAUUCAGGACGCUGGCUCCAGAGGCGGACCAAUUCCCCACUCCGGUUCCUCACUAUUCAGAAUUAAUAUUUCCGUAACUCACCCUCUAAAACCACUCCUCGAAGCAUCACUGGACUAUAUUCUCCAAGCAGUCUCUCCCAGAACCCUCCAGUCAUACGUGACUGCAUGGAGGUGCUUUAAGUCAUUUCACCUCACCUAUAACAUCCCUUUCCCAGAUUUUUCUCUACUCUCCAUCACCUCUUUCAUUUCGUUCCUCAACGGCACCAAGGGUCUCCAAGUCGGAUCUAUUAAAAGCUACCUGAGCGGAGUCCAGUUUUUUCACAAACUAAUGACCGGCGCUCCUUCACCCGAAAUAAAUAAUUCACAAACCUCCCUCCUAAUCAAAGGGAUCCAGCGAUCCCAGCCCACCCAUCCAGACACCAGAAAACCCAUAACGCUAGAUAUCCUCACAAAAUGUAUCCACACCCUCCGCACAAAUUACCAACCCCUCAGCAUUGCCCGCACGCUCGACGCCAUGUUCAUCCUUGCCUUUUUCGGUUUUCUCAGGUGCUCGGAGCUUACGAUCUCUUCUAAAUUUAAUCCUAAAAUCAACCCCACCGUGUCAGACCUAACCAUACUAGAUGACGAAACAAUCGCUUAUUUAAUCAAACAAAGCAAAACAGACCAAACCAACAAAGGCCAUUUCAUAUACAUCUUCAAUCUCCCCUCCCCAAUCCAGCCUUACCAAUCUGUCCUCGCUUUUUUACACCUUAGAAAUUCCCAGGCAAAAUCCCCACACGAACCCCUAUUCACCGACGAGUCCAAAAAACCAGUCACUCGUUUCUGGUUCCAAAAACACCUCAAAUGCGUCCUGCAAUUAUCAGGCAUCCCAGCGAACAAUUUCUCCACCCAUUCAUUCCGCAUCGGGGCAGCAACUUCAGCUGCACAAAAAGGCCUCUCCAACCAACAAAUCCAAACUCUAGGAAGAUGGUCCUCAGAAGCAUACCAAAGCUACAUCAGAAUAAAUCAGUUUCACAUUAAGAAAGCCCACCAAACCCUCAUCGGCCAUAAAUAAAAAAAAAAAAAAAAAAAAAAAAAAAAAAAAAAAAAAAAAUCCUAUUAUACCGCCGACUCCAGCCGCACACUCCCGGCCAAAUAACCUAAACCUUUUCUAUCCUAUGACCAGCGAGGCUUCUCUCUUCGAUGACAGGAGCACAAGCUCCCUUCGGAUGCCGACGAGAGCCUCCCGGCCAGACAACCUCACCUUUUCCAUUCUGCGGCCAACAAGGCUUACCCGUUCGUUGCCAGGAGCUCACACUCCCUUCGGACGUAGGUGAAAGCCCCCGGCUACCUGCUUUUCCAUUUCUGUCUUUCGUACGGAGAAGUUUACCCGCCCAAAGUCAAGGCUCCCAUUGAACGUAGGCGAGAGCUUCCCGGCUAGACAACCUUACCUUUUCCGUCCUUUGGCCAGCGAGGCUUAACCGUUCUAUCCGGGAGCUAAGCUCCUGUCGGACGAAGGUAAGAGCCUCCCGGCCGGACAACCUUUUCCGUCCUUCAGCCAGAGAGGUUUACCCGUUCGAUUCCUGGAGCUAAGCUCCUAUCGGACGUCGGUCCGAGCCUCCUGGCUAGACAACCUGACCUUUUCCACCCUUGGCCAGCGAGGCUUACCCGUCCGAUGUGAGUGCUCCCAUCGGACGCCGGCGACAGCCUCCUGGCCAGCCAACCACGACCCUACUGUGUGUUUCAGGUUACUAACCUACAAGCAAGCUGCUUAAAUGCUGCAAGUACCUAACACACAAUAACUCUCUUUCCUCCCUACGGUCACCAAGGCUAAACCGUCUCUUGCCAGGAGUAGCAAACUCCCUUAAACGCCGACGACAGCCUAACGACCACGCAAACUUACCUUUUCUAAACCUACGGCCUGCGAGGCUCACCCAGUUUGUCCCCGCCGGACGCUGGCAAGAGCCUCCUGGCCACCUAUCGUUACCUUUUCUGUCCGCCAUCCGGAGAGGCUUACCCGUUCGAUGCGCGUGCUCCCUUCGGACGCCGGCGAGAGCCUCCCGGUUAGACAACCUUACCUUUUCCUUUUCUAUGGUCAGCGAGGCUUACCCGUUCGAUGUGUGUGCUCCCUUCGGACGCUGGCGAGAGCCUCCUGGUCAGACUUGCUUUACGUUUCCACCCUACGGUCGGCGAGGCUUACCCGUUCGAUGUGUGUGCUCCCUUCGAACGUCGGCAACAGUCUCUCGGCCACACAACUUACCUUUCCAUUUGACGGUAGGCGAGGCUUAACCGUCCGACGCCACGAGUCUCGUCCUCUCGCCAAAUCCUGCAAAAAAAAAAAAAAAAAAAAAAAAAAAAAAAAAAAAAAGCUACCCUCAGCUACUCUCACAUCUUUUAACCCCGUCUGGCGAGGCUUACCCGUUCGAUGUUCUGAGUUUGAGGCCCCAUCGGAUGCUGCGAGAGUCCUCCCAGUCGGGUUUUCCUUUCCAACCCUCCCCGUCCGCCGAGGCUUACCCGUCUGUCGCGUGCGCUCCCUUCAGACGUCUGGCGAGAGUCUCCCGGACGGGCCUAUGCUUGCCAGCCGCAAGUGAAUCUCAUCCAGCCGAUGCCGUGAGUCGGGAUCUCCCUUCGGAUGUUGCCAGAGUCCUCCUUGUCGGCUGGCCCAAAAGCUUUUUAUCUGCCUAACCGAGAGGACCCAGACGUCCGUCAUCCUGAGUCUCAAUCUCCUGUCGGAGGCUUCAUGGGCCCUCUUUGUCAGCGUUAGGCCCUUCACCCACUGAAUAGCAGGGGCUAUCAGCCAGUAGGGCCCGUACGCCGACACCGUGACCUAUUCCGGUCGAGGCAACUCGGGUCCUCCCGGUCGGGCACCACAACCACGCCGCUCCUCCUCAUCGGCCGGCAGGGCUCACCGAUCCAACGCCAAAAAACUCCAGUUGAGCAUCGGCCCGAGCCCUACCGACCGGGCGCCAACAACCACGUAGUUCACUAGCUGCAGCUGGUAGGGCCUACUCUCUCAACGCCCAAGUCGCUCCCUCCGGAGUACGUAGGCCCUUCCAGCCUGCCAACGAGAUAACUUCUCAAAAACCAAAUCAGCCCCCGCCAGUACUCUGCUUUUUGGGGGGCAUUCUUUAAACUGGCGGCUGUCCUCCUGUACAUUUGCCUUUUUGGGGGGUACUCUAGCUUCGGGCAAUUCCCGAGCUCGGAGCCCUUCCCCGGACAGCACGCCAAAUACGCAUACCAUACCUCAGCUAAUUAUAUGUAAGCGUGAACUAGUGAAAUGUAAUUAUCUAUGAAGAUUCGGGAGGAGCGCGUCAGAUACUUAGCCUAAUCAUCACAGGUGGACCACAAUCAAGUAAUCAAUCCCACAGUAUAAAUAUCGCUGACUUACCUCUAUCCAUUGACGGUUUAUCAGCAUCCCUCCUCCACCCCAUCUCCUCACUCCAAGUUCACUUUACAAUAUACGGGGAAGGGGGGGUACUCUAGCUUCGGGCAAUUCCCGAGCUCGGAGCCCUUCCCCGGACAGCACGCCAAAUACGCAUACCAUACCUCAGCUAAUUAUAUGUAAGCGUGAACUAGUG